AGAGAUCUUCACCUUCACAGGAUGUACUCAUGUACGUACUUCAAUUACAAAUAAAAUUAAAUUGAGGAGUCCAUAGUGACUUAGUUCUGGCCUCGUGGGACGCAACGUUGUUCCGCCUCUGCAGAUGGGUGUCAAACGGUCCACGCAGGUAGCAACAAGCGACAAUGACGGCGAAGAGUCGUCGCCGACGCCGUCACUGGCAAAUUCCCAAAAGCGCAAUAAAAUGCCUCUCCGCGAGGAUUACGAAGAAGGAGAGGUGCAUCACAAGGAGGAAGAUAAGAUCAAUGAGGAUAAACGGAAAGUAAGCAAGAGGAAAAGUGUACCAAAUUUAGAGGUUGAUGAAGACUGCGAAGAGGCAGGAGAAGAGGACAAUAUGAGGAAGAAGGGAGUGGUAGAAACUGAAGCGGAACCCUCUUCCGGUGAAGAUAAGCAGCAAGAAGAGCCGCAUGAGGAUGCCAAGCCUAUCGGCGAUGUCGUUAGGGUUAGUGGAAAAUGGCAAAGCAGGCGGCGGCACUAUGAUGCCUUCGAGUAUAAUGGAUGCCAGUUUUGCCUAGAGGACUCUGUGCUGAUAGUUCCCAUGGAGACAAAACAAAAGCCUGAUGUUGCUAUUAUUAAGGAUAUUUCCAAGACCAGCAAAGGGAGAGUGAUGAUAACUGGGCAGUGGUUUUAUCGACCUGAAGAGACAGAAACUAGAGCAGGGGCGAACUGGCCAUCAUGUGAUACAAGGGAACUGUUCUAUAGCUUUCACUGCGAUGAGAUUCCUGCAGAGUCUGUCAUGCACAGGUGUGUGGUGCAUUUUAUCCCUUCAAACAAGCAGAUUCCAAGACGCAUUCAACAUCCUGGCUUUUUGGUCCAAAGAGUCUAUGAUACAGAGAAAAUGAAUCUUUUUGAGUUAUUAGAUAACGAUCAUGAAGAUAGCAAGCAGCAUGAGCUCGACCUCCUAGUUCAGAAAACACUUUCUCGACUUGGGGAUCUUCCUGACAUUGAGUCUGAGCAGGAAGAGCUUUUGAUUGAGCAGAAACGUCUUUUGAGGAGAAAGAGCACCACUUCUUUGGAUGUCUGAUAUGGGUCGAUUUGGCAGAGUCUACCAGAGGCGGUCAAAGAAGGGACCAGCUUGAGUGGUCCUCAUUAUUGUAAUUAAUUAAAUCAGUUUCCUACUUUGAGUCUAUUUUAAUUAAUUAAAUCAGUUUCCUACUUUGAGUUCAUUUAUUCAGGUUUCCUUAUACUAGUUUAGGAGCUUCUUUAUUACUUCUUUCCUAUUAUUGUUUUAGGAAACUUGUCUUUUGCCUAUUUAAGGCUUAUCAGUUGGAUUAAUGAGAUAAACUUUGGAAUAUUAAUUUUUAUUUGGCGUACAGUGGAACCUGCGACAAACUCAUUGCUGAGGGCGGGAGUCGAUUAAUAUUUCAGGCACUAUAGAUUCAUAUUUUUCUUGUUCUUCCCAGAAUCAUCGACCUUGGACUAGAUCUUGUACCAAGGCCCUUAACAAUGUCUAUGUAAGGGAUGAACCACCUACAAGAUCAGUAGACACAGCACAUCACUUCAAAGCACUUUCUGACUUCAAUGCCCUUACUGGUGAAAAACACCUGACAAGUGGUUGGAAAAGCUUCUCGAAGCAAUUCAGUCUAUAAGCAUUUCGCGUGGUUAGUUGUGAAGGUGGCGAUGUUGAUGAAAGCAAUGUUUUUUAUGUUUUGUAGACAUUGGCUUUGAUACGUUUCGACCGAUCCUUCACAGGGAGAUGUGAAAUUUUGUUGGCCAGACAUUGCCGUUCCUGCAAUAGCUGCUGUUGAGAGAGCUGCAUAUGAAGAACUCUCAUCUGAUAUCCAGAAAUAUAAUAAAAAAAUGCACCAGCUAUCUUUUAAUUUGAAGAACAAUGUGCAAUUAGCUCAACAACUUUUAAAAGGGGAGUUAGAAGCUUCACAAAUAUUGAGCAUAAUAUCAAAAGAAUUGAAAGUAUGUGAUCCUUUCAAUAUAUUUGUAGUCAUUUAUUUCAUUGUUACACUUUGCUUUCAUCUUCUUGAAAUUGUUUGGGAAGACAUAGCUAGCCCAAUUUCUUAACCAAAUUGUAAGGUGGAGAUAUUGUGAUCAAUUGGGUGGUGGUUGAUAGCCUGGGGAGGGGCAAAAGGAUAUCAACAAUGGAAAUUAGGUUUUGUAGCGGUUUUAAUGUAGUUUCUGAAUAUGUAAAUUUUAUUUUCUAAAACUAAUUUGAGUGUUGACAGGGAUCAAUUUGCUUUAUCGUUGGUCAAACAUUGUAAAUCGUAAAGUAUCUUACAAAUUGGGACGGAGGGAGUAAUAUUUAUUAAUAACUGAACAAAGAAAUUUACUUCUUUAUUUGACCACUGGAUAAAUAUUGGGUCAUACAAUAUAGGAUAGACAGUUUUCUGGGUUAUACGAGAGUAUAAUUUUGGAGUGAGCGAAGUGGGGGGCAGUAUAUGUUUGAAAGGUUGAUCUGUUUUUGUUUGUCUCCCUUUUUGUUUGGCACGGGGGUCGACAUCUGACCCCCCGUACCCCAUCAUAGGUGGGAGCCUUUGCGGCACUGAGGUAGUGUUGUUGUUUGUUUGUCCGGUGUCAUAUGUUGAUUCAUGUUGGCGACCUCAAUCUCUUUUGGGAUUAAGGCUUGGAUGUUGUUGCAAUACUCAACAAUAUAAAACUUCAGGUUGGUUUGGUCUUUAGAUGGUUGUGGUAUAUGUCACCCUCCGGCACACACGCUUGCUUGCUGUUGUGCGCAUAAAUAUAGCUUAAGAGGGACAUGGGGUUAAAUCUAGAAUACUUCACCAGCUAUUUCCUCUCUAGCCAAAGCAAACCCGAAGAGAGGCUAUUGUUUUACAUAUUUUUAGAUUCUGGAAAUUUUAUUUACCUAUUCUUCAGGUAACUACAGAUUUGAUUUUAGCAUUUUAUUUUUGAAUGAUGCAUCCACAUAGUUACCCCAAUAAGAUUAGGAUUGCACUUUUUUUUGUAAAUGCUAUUAUGGGAUUUGCCCUUCAAUUUAAUUACAUUAGGGGAGGGUAUGGCCAGAGAGGAAAUAGCAAGUAGGAAUUCUGAUUGUAUAAUUGCCGCCCUUACGUGCUAUCUGCUUAUUCUUAAAUAUAUAGUAUCAUUGCUGGACUUGUUUAAUUUUAUGUUCGUAGCAUUCUCUUCAAAUGCCUAAAGCUUAAAAUCCUUGUUGAAUUGGUUGACUUAGUUACUACUCCCAUCGUAUCUAUUAAGUUGUCCUACUUUCCUUUUUGGGACGUAUCAAAUUAAUUGUCUCAUUUCCCUUUUAGGAAAGAAACUCACUGAAAAAGCAGCUACAGUACCGCUACAGUACCAAAACCUUUUACUUUUCAUAGAAUCUACAGUAAUUAUCUUAAACUACAUAAAAAAGCAAACAGGUCAAUUAAAUAGAUACGCAGGGAGUACUUACAAAUUUUGAAUUUCAAAGUGUGGUGGUCAGUGAAAUAAAGCUUGUGUUGGCUAGAAACUAGAAAGUUAAGAUUCAUGGCAUUCGAGAAAUUGCUGCAUCAUUUGAUUUGUUGGCUUGAUGCCAUAAGUGUAGCGAGAAACAAGUGUGCCUCUUAGAAAUCAUUCAGACAGGACAUGAGGACCGCUGUCUUUCUCUUACUAUCAGAUAGAGCAUUAAUGUUUCCAUCCUAUAGAUUGUUGGGCUCAGUUACAGUCUGUUAUUGCUCAAUCGACUAAUUUUGGCCAUAUAAAUACAUGAUAAUGAUCACGACUUUCUCUUUGUCAAACUUGUGGGUUUUGGUUAGGCUAUGUUUGGGACCAGGGAAAUGGUAUGGAAAGAAAAAGAAAGGCCAUGUAAGGUUUUGUUUUUUUAGUGGCUGAAUUUAUGAAAUAAAACUUGAUUUAAAAAAACAUCCCAAAAAAUCACGAUUUUGAUCAUUAAAGCCCCCCUGGAACCAGGAAACAUAGAAUAAGAAUAUGGGGGGAGGGGGGUAGAAGGGGAAUUUAGAAGGAAAGUAAAUUUGGUGGAAAUAUAGUACUGCUCGUAUUAACAUAUAUUACUACUAGGUACUCCCUCCGUUCCAUGUGUGAUGAUCGAGCCAAGACAAUUUUCUCUAAUCAUUUUCCAAAACAGAGUAGCAUACAAGUUUAAUUAACAAGUUUCUUUAUUUUUGGAUGGAGGGGUACAAUAAAAAGACAAAGAGGGAAGAAUCCUUCCAUUAACUACCUCGGACUUUUGGGGUAUUAAUCCUUCCAGGAUGAUUUAUACAGGGAAGAAUCCUUCCAGAUGAAUGAUCUAUAUUCCUCAUAAGCAUCACCAAAUUUCUAGUGCUCUGUUUAGAUAAAACUUCAGGUUGGUUCCAGAUGAAUACUUCUAGUGCUAAAUCUAGGAUUCUUCACCAAAUUUGAUUAGAGAAAAUUGGGGACUAUUAAUCCUUCCAGAUGAAUGAUCUAUAUUCCUCAUAAGCAUCACAGGAACUCCAACUUUAAGCUUCAGCUCGUGACUCGGCAAGCCAGAACAUUUCAUGUAGGGGUGGACUCGGGUCCGGGCCGGCGGUUCAAGAAUGGUGGACCCGGGACCGGCCCGGGUAGCCACCGGGUCCGGUCCGGGUCCGGGCCGGGCCUCCGGUUUGGAUUUUUUUUUUUUUGCUUUCCUUACCCCCCCCCCCCCCCCCCCCUCACCCCCACCGUCCCAAACACCCCCAAACCCAUCCUACCCAUCAAGCCCAACCCGGGUGGAACCCCAAAAAUGAAAAAAAAAAAAUAAAAAAAAUUCAAUUUGGCCCGGGCCCAGGCCCGACCCGGCCGGGCCGGUUCACCAAAAUUGAGACCCGAGCCCGGACCCGCCCUACCCCCCGGGCCUAGGCCCGACCCGGACCCGGACCCGAGAACCGGGCCGGUCCCGGUCCCGCACAGUAGCGGGCCGGGCCGGUCCACGGGCCGGGUGGCCCGACCCGAGUCCAAGCCUAAUUUCAUGCUAUUAAGACAUUCAGGAGAAUGUAUCUCAUGCAAGAGAUCAUUACUAUCUGUGUCAGAUGAAGAAGCUGAAUCUGAGCUUAGGUAUGUCUUUAACUCUGAAUCUAUCUGGCUCAAUAUGUAAUCGUUGACCUUAUCAACCUCAUCUAUGGUUGGAG